CUGAGUUUUGCUUUCAUUGUUUGUCAUGUUCUACUUUGAAAAACAUCGAACUGUUCGUUUUUUUCACUGCCCUCCUGCUGUUUUACAACCCUCCUAAUCAGUCCGUGAAACUGAAAACCAAGGCAUAUUAGUCCAAAAGCUGUCUGCAGCAGGUAGGACUGUAGAAUAAAAACAACAGAAAUAAACUUAUUUCAUGACGGCGAUGUUUUCAUCAAGACAGCUGGCUAAAGGCUAUUGGCAGAGGAUGCUUAUUUGAAUAGAUCAGCGGACAAGGAAAGCAGAUUGUUUUAAUUUGACUCUUGAUUGGUAGAACGCGCUGGAAAGCUGGCUUUUUUAAAAGCUACUUCAGCUUAUGGAAAUUAAACAGACGUGCGGUCUGUAGGAAGGAAAAAGCCGUGGAAAGUCUCAAAACGUGAGGAAAAAAAAUGGGUUGCAGCCCUUCGCACGCUGUGAUCAUAAAUUCGUCACCGACGCACGAAACGAUAUGUUUACAACCCAGGAUAUACAUGGUUUCCGAAUCCACUCUCUGUCUUUUACAAGACGUAGGAGAGUUGAAGGUCUACAACAUCGACGAAAGAAAUCCUCAAACCGCUAUUGAACGCUUUCGAGGCGCUCAAGAACAACUCCAAAAUCCAUUGAUGUUUCAUCCUCAUCUUCGCUCGCGGCAUAAGCGGAUAAGCGAAGGUGGCGAUUUGCAAUCGGCUGGUUCGACGAGCCUUGCAGGCGAUCCGCUCAGUGAGGAAAAUACAUUGGUUGGAGAAAUCGCUCCACACGACGAAGGUAGUGAGGUCUGCAGUGAAUCCAUCGAUAAAAUGUGCGACAAUACAAACCCACGGAUACAAACAGACUCUCCUGGAUCUCCAAAUGCACAUUCUGUAACUGUUGAAGUUUACAGUUACAAACAAAACUCAGAUGGACUGGAUGAACAAAGCCAAGCGAUGAACGGUAUUGAAACAAUGGAAAAUAUGGCGAAAGAGCCGAGCAUUGCUGUGAAACCUGGAACUUCGGGUGCUUUGAUAGAAAUAGGUCGUAUGUCUGAUGAGCGAGGCAACAUUGACGAAAGUUUUGACAGUGUGGAAAAUCACGAAAGGGCGAUCGUCGCGGUAAAUAAUGACGUUUUGGUUGCUGUAGCAGCAAACGAGAAAACUAAGACAAAUUCCGAGCAAGGUGUUAUUAGCGAGAGCUUUGAAAACGCAGAAAAUCUUGACAAGAACAUCAUCGCUGGAAACAGUGGUGCUGCAGUUACUGUAGAAGCCAUUGAAAGAAGACAAACAUUUCCUGAACAAGGUGGUAUUAGCGAGAGGCGUGCACCGCACGAGGAUGUUGUAGACAUGGGUAAUUCGGUCAACGAGCCGACAUUAAUCGCUUGGACAGAAGUUGCCGAUCAGUCGGCGCUGAUCACGGGAAAUGAAAAGUGAUAGACAAAAGAAAAAAGCAAAUUCGGAAAGCCAAAGAGUCGAAACGUCUCGUAGUUUUACGGCGGGUAAUUGAACAUCGUAUACAUGUGUAUAUUUCGUGUAGUGUUUUGUCCUAGGUAAGAUUUAAAUUGAAAAGGAAAAAAGGGGAAAAAGCGAGCAUGUAAAUGAAAAAAACUUGUCGCUUUUUAUACCUACAAUUGUGAAUGUUUAAAGUUUCUCAUUUCAGUCGAAUGCCCAGAAACAAAAGUGGAAACAUGAAAAUUAUAUGAUAUGCACCCUCAUGUUGUCAUGUUCUUGAAGAUGAUCCUCAGGCAGAACAAAAUAUUUUCAAUCGCCAUGCCUACCAAUUAGCUUUACAUAAAAAAAUUCGAUCGUUUUUAAUAAUUCGUCAGUGUGUGAUUACAGGAACAUCAACCGAACGCUUAAAAAAAAAUAGUUUACAUGCAGCAAGCACAGAUGAAAUCAUGUUUUGAUUCGCGAUUAUCCUCAUCGUUGAUAAAAAAAAGUAUUCAGUAACUGAUUCUGCGUGUGGCAUUACCGACAUUAGCUUCUGUUUCUCUCUCUUUUUAACGCAAAUUUUAUCACGGCAUGAGAAAUGGACAUGCACUCAAGUUUAGCUCCAUAGCAAAGCGUUGUUCUGCUUUCUAUGUCGUUUUCGCGUUUUAUUUCGAAAAGUGUGUACAAUUUAUGUCAUUUCCUUCACGGCGAGAAUGCAUAUUACGUAAUUUCCAAAGCAACCUCUUAAAACAUGUCUCAAAAACUGUUAUUUUUACUUUCGAUUUGCAACUUUGUUCAUCGCUCUAGUUUAUGAAUGUUUACUUUGGGGUGAAA